GGGAAAUACUUAGGGGUGGCACCUGACCAAUCACAGUACAGUAAUCUUAGACAUUACUGUUAGACGGUAUCCUCAGAGCUGUUGAAAACAAUCACCAGGUUUCAACAAAAAAUUUCUACUUGUCACCAUGUCUUCGGGAGCUCUAUUCCCCAGUCUGGUGUCCGGCUCUCGCGGGUCCUCCAGCAAAUACCUAGUGGAGUUUCGGGCUGGGAAGAUGACCCUUAAAGGCAGCACGGUGACCCCGGACAAACGCAAGGGGCAGGUCUACAUCCAGCAGACGGAUGACUCUCUCAUCCAUUUCUGUUGGAAGGAUCGCACAACUGGAAAUGUGGAUGAUGACCUGAUCAUCUUCCCAGACGAUUGUGAGUUCAAGAGGGUCAACCAGUGCACUACUGGUCGUGUGUUUGUCCUGAAAUUCAAAGCUGGCUCCAAGAGACUUUUCUUUUGGAUGCAGGAGCCUAAGACUGAUAAGGAUGAGGAGUACUGCCGUAAAGUGAAUGAGUAUCUGAACAACCCACCCAUGCCUGGAGCGCUGGGCAGUGGGGGCAGUGGGGGCAGUGGAGGGCAUGAGUUAUCUGCUCUGGGUGGUGAGGGUGGUCUGCAGAGCCUGCUUGGUAACAUGAGUCACAACCAACUAAUGCAGCUUAUCGGGCCGACUGGAUUAGGUGGUCUUGGUGGCCUUGGGGCCUUGGCGGGACCAGGCCUGGCCAGUCUCCUGGGCAGUGGGGCUUCCUCAGCCAGCAACUCUUCUACAAGUCCAACUUCAGCAGUAAGUCCCACCUCCACAUCUGCUGCCACCAGACUUGGUUCAUCCCAGGUACCAACCACACCCAUCACCCCGUCUGCUACCUCAGCAGCCUCUCCCACCAGCAGUCCCUCCACUCCUGCUGUCCCUCCUCUCUCAGCCGGCGCCUCCAGCCCCACUCAGGCCAUCCAGCUGAGCGACCUGCAGAGCAUCCUGGCAACCAUGAACGUUCCCUCCUCUGGGCAGGGAGUGGACCUGGCCAGUGUUGUGACUCCUGAGGUCAUGGCUCCUAUCCUGGCCAACACUGAGGUGCAGCAGAGGCUGCUGCCCUUCCUGCCCUCGGGAGAGGCUCUGCUGCAGAGCCCAGACGAGCUCCACAACACCAUCACCUCCCCGCAGUUUCAGCAGUCUAUGAGUAUGUUCAGCAGUGCUCUGGCAUCAGGGCAGUUGGGCCCCUUAAUGAACCAGUUUGGCCUGCCUGCUGAGGCAGUUGAUGCAGCCAACAAAGGAGAUGUGGAAGCUUUCGCCAAAGCCAUGGAAACCGAUACCAAAUCUGACCAGGAAGAUGAAUCCAAAGACAAGAAAGAUGAUGACGAAGACAUGAGUCUGGAUUAGGAACUUUCCUUCUUGAAUUUAUUGUGCUGUUGACUUAUUUACUGGCUGUUAUUAAGAAAUACCAUUAUAAAAGGUAGUGGAAUAUAAAAGUUCCUAUAACUUAAUGACAUCUUACAUCUAGAGGCAUGAAAUACACUGCCUGUUGUAUUUAUUAAUUUCUAAUGUGCACAAAGCUAAUGGAGCUUUUAAAAUAUAAAAACAGUCAAUGUAUCAUGUAUGAAGCAGUGUGCAUCACAUACAAUAAAAACCUCUGUAGAA